UCCAAGCAGCUAAUGGGCACAAGGGCUUCGGUGUCUCUCACUUCUCUGCACUGUGGAUGGACUGAGCGCCUUGUUCAGGGGGCGGUCACAAAUGUGUUAUUAGCAAUGACCAGCAACAGGGAAAUGUGGACAGCAGAGUUUGCUCCGAGACAGACUUAAACACCAAGUUUGAUGCUCAGGCACAGAAAUCAUGGAUAGAAAGAGCAUUUUACAAGAGAGAAUGUGUUCAUAUCAUACCCAGCACCAAAGACCCCCAUAGGUGUUGCUGUGGGCGUCUAAUAGGUCAACAUGUUGGACUGACUCCAAGCAUCUCUGUAAUUCAGAAUGAGAAAAAUGAGAGCAGGCUUACUCGCAAUGACAUCCAGUCGGAGAAGUGGUCCAUCAGCAAGCACACGCAGCUCAGCCCAACGGACGCUUUUGGAACAAUUGAGUUCCAAGGAGGAGGCCACUCCAAUAAAGCCAUGUAUGUACGUGUGUCUUUUGACACAAAGCCUGACCUUCUUCUGCAUCUGAUGACCAAAGAGUGGCAGCUUGAGCUCCCUAAACUUCUCAUUUCUGUGCACGGGGGCCUUCAGAAUUUUGAACUUCAGCCAAAACUCAAGCAAGUCUUUGGAAAAGGCCUCAUUAAGGCUGCUAUGACAACUGGAGCAUGGAUAUUCACUGGAGGAGUAAACACAGGAGUCAUUCGGCAUGUUGGAGAUGCACUGAAAGAUCAUGCCUCAAAAUCUAGAGGAAAGAUCUGCACCAUUGGUAUAGCUCCCUGGGGGAUUGUGGAAAAUCAAGAAGAUCUGAUUGGCAAAGAUGUGGUCCGGCCAUACCAGACGAUGUCCAAUCCCAUGAGUAAGUUGACAGUGCUCAACAGUAUGCAUUCUCAUUUUAUUUUGGCUGACAAUGGGACUACUGGUAAAUAUGGAGCCGAGGUGAAACUUCGUAGACAGCUGGAAAAGCACAUUUCACUUCAGAAGAUAAAUACAAGAAUUGGUCAAGGGGUUCCCGUGGUUGCCCUUAUUGUGGAAGGAGGUCCCAAUGUUAUCUCCAUUGUUCUGGAGUACCUGAGAGACACUCCUCCCGUUCCUGUUGUGAUAUGCGAUGGCAGUGGCCGAGCAUCUGAUAUCCUUGCCUUUGGUCACAAAUACUCUGAAGAAGGAGGACUUAUCAAUGAGUCUUUGAGGGACCAGUUGCUAGUUACCAUACAGAAGACUUUCACAUACACCCGAACCCAGGCACAGCACCUCUUCAUUAUCCUCAUGGAGUGCAUGAAGAAGAAGGAGCUGAUCACAGUAUUUCGCAUGGGAUCAGAAGGACACCAGGAUAUUGAUCUAGCUAUCCUGACAGCAUUACUAAAAGGAGCUAACGCAUCUGCUCCCGACCAGCUGAGCCUAGCAUUAGCGUGGAACAGAGUAGACAUCGCCCGCAGUCAGAUCUUUAUUUACGGGCAACAGUGGCCGGUGGGCUCCCUUGAGCAAGCAAUGCUGGAUGCACUGGUGUUGGACAGAGUGGAUUUUGUGAAAUUACUCAUAGAAAAUGGAGUAAGCAUGCAUCGUUUUCUCACCAUCUCCCGGCUAGAGGAAUUAUACAAUACGAGACAUGGACCAUCCAACACUCUGUAUCAUCUAGUCAGGGACGUCAAAAAGGGAAACUUACCUCCUGAUUAUCGGAUAAGUCUGAUUGAUAUUGGUUUGGUGAUAGAGUACCUGAUGGGAGGAGCAUAUCGCUGCAAUUACACCCGAAAGCGUUUCAGAACACUGUACCACAAUUUAUUUGGGCCCAAGAGGCCAAAAGCCCUGAAACUGUUGGGAAUGGAGGAUGAUGUCCCUUUGCGGCGAGGGAGAAAAACAACAAAAAAAAGAGAAGAAGAAGUAGAUAUUGAUUUGGAUGACCCUGAGAUCAAUCAUUUCCCCUUCCCAUUCCAUGAGCUGAUGGUGUGGGCUGUACUGAUGAAGCGUCAGAAGAUGGCCCUCUUUUUUUGGCAGCAUGGGGAAGAGGCUAUGGCUAAAGCACUGGUGGCCUGUAAACUCUGCAAAGCUAUGGCCCACGAAGCAUCAGAAAAUGACAUGGUGGAUGACAUAUCCCAAGAGCUGAACCAUAAUUCCAGGGACUUUGGCCAGUUGGCAGUGGAGCUGUUGGACCAGUCAUACAAGCAGGAUGAGCAACUGGCAAUGAAACUGCUGACCUAUGAACUGAAGAACUGGAGCAACGCCACAUGCCUGCAGCUCGCAGUGGCAGCCAAACACAGAGACUUCAUUGCUCACACUUGCAGCCAAAUGCUGCUCACAGACAUGUGGAUGGGUCGUCUCCGGAUGCGCAAAAAUUCUGGGCUAAAGGUAAUUCUAGGAAUUCUACUUCCUCCUUCAAUCCUCAGCUUGGAGUUCAAGAACAAAGAUGAUAUGCCUUACAUGUCCCAAGCCAAUGAGAUCCAUCUCCAAGAGAAGGAGCCAGAGGAACCAGAGAAGCCAGUGAAAGAAAAAGAGGAGGAGGACAUGGAACUCACUGCAAACAGCAGGAGCUGCCCACAGGACCCCGUCUGCAGGCAGGCAGAAGGACCUGCCUACAGGACCCAAUAUGCAGGCAAGCCGAAGGAGCAGCCCACAAGACCCACCUACAGGACCCAUUUGCAGGCAAUGCUGGGACGAGGGAAUGGGGAAUCCUCAAGAAAGAAAGAGGAAGAGGAAGUUCAGAGCAGGCACAGACUGAUCCCUGUUGGAAGAAAGAUUUAUGAGUUCUACAAUGCUCCCAUCGUUAAAUUUUGGUUUUACACACUGGCAUAUAUAGGCUACUUGAUGCUUUUCAAUUAUAUAGUGUUAGUGAAGAUGGAUCGCUGGCCAUCUACACAGGAAUGGAUUGUCAUCUCGUACAUUUUCACUCUGGGAAUAGAGAAGAUGAGAGAGAUAUUGAUGUCAGAGCCUGGGAAACUGUUACAGAAAGUAAAAGUGUGGCUCCAGGAGUACUGGAAUGUUACUGACCUCAUAGCUAUCCUCCUGUUCUCCGUUGGGAUGGUGCUCCGUCUGCAAGAUCUGCCACUGCGGAGCGAUGGACGAGUGAUAUACUGUGUUAACAUCAUUUACUGGUAUAUACGGUUAUUAGACAUCUUCGGAGUAAACAAGUAUUUGGGACCAUAUGUUAUGAUGAUUGGGAAAAUGAUGAUAGACAUGAUGUACUUUGUCAUCAUCAUGUUGGUGGUUCUGAUGAGCUUUGGUGUUGCAAGACAGGCUAUUCUCUUCCCUAAUGAGGAGCCUUCAUGGAAGCUGGCGAAAAACAUUUUUUACAUGCCUUAUUGGAUGAUCUAUGGAGAAGUGUUUGCAGACCAGAUAGACCCUCCUUGUGGUCAAAAUGAAACCAGAGAAGAUGGCAAAAUAAUCCAGCUACCUCCCUGCAAGACAGGAGCAUGGAUUGUUCCUGCCAUCAUGGCCUGUUACCUCUUGGUUGCCAACAUCCUUUUGGUGAACCUGCUUAUUGCUGUUUUCAACAAUACAUUUUUUGAAGUCAAAUCCAUAUCCAAUCAAGUAUGGAAGUUUCAAAGGUAUCAGCUAAUCAUGACAUUUCAUGAAAGACCUGUUCUCCCACCGCCUCUGAUCAUUUUCAGCCAUAUGACUAUGAUAUUCCAACACCUCUGCUGCAGAUGGCGGAAACAUGAAAGUGAUCCGGAUGAGAGAGACUAUGGAUUAAAACUUUUCAUAACUGAGGAUGAAUUGAAAAAAGUCCAUGAUUUUGAAGAGCAGUGCAUAGAAGAAUAUUUUAGAGAAAAGGAUGAUAGAUUCAAUUCCUCCAAUGAUGAAAGAAUCCGUGUCACUUCAGAAAGGGUAGAGAACAUGGCCAUGCGACUGGAAGAAGUAAAUGAGCGAGAGCACUGCAUGAAAGCCUCUCUGCAGACUGUUGACAUUAGACUUGCUCAGCUGGAAGAUAUGAUGGGACGAAUGGUGAUCGCCCUAGAAAAACUGACUGGCAUAGAAAGAAGUGAGACAACCAAGAUACGAUCCAGGACCUCAUCUGACUGUACUGAUGCAGCCUACAUUGUGAGGCAGAGUAGCUUCAAUAGUCAGGAAGGAAAUACUUACAAGCUUCAAGAAAGCAUAGAUCCCACGGGAGAGGAAUCCAUGUCCCCAACAUCUCCUACGAUCACACCCCGCAUGCGAAGCCACUCUUUCUAUGCAACAAACAUGAAGGACAAGUGUGGGCUGGAAAAGUUUGAAAGCAUUUUUAAGGAAAGGUCUCCAAGCCUGCAUCGGGCUAUCAGUUCCCACUCGAUAGCAAAAGAAGGAAAGAUUCCCUUAGCCCCUACCAGCACUUUGUCAAUUGCUCCAGACUCCAGAAGGCCUUCAUCUUGCAUUGACAUCUACGUUUCUGCCAUGGAUGAGAUGCAUUCUGACACAGAGCCUCUCGACAGCUCCGUAAAUAUUCUUGGUACUGGAGAUGGAGCUCUGCAGGCUCACAUAGCCUCUUCCAUUUUAGCUAACAGUGCAUACAUUAGCAGUACACCUGGUGAAAAAAUUUCUGGCAGGAGUCUUGAUUAUGAGGAAACCUCUGGAAUAGAAACAAGAGCAUUUUCUUCAGACUAUUCACAAAUCACAGAUUGCCAAAUCCCCUGGGAUUCAGACCCUCCACUGUAUCAUGCUUUAGAGCGAUCUAAAAGCAGUCGUUAUCUUGCUACAACUCCAUUUAUUCUGGAGGAAACACCAAUUGUGAAAUCUCACAGUUUUAUGUUCUCUCCGUCUCGAAGCUACUUCAGCAGCCUUGGUGUCCCAGUCAAGACCGCAGAGUAUACAAGUAUCACGGACUGCAUUGAUACAAGGUGUGUGAGUGCUCCCCAGGCCAUUGCAGAGAGGGCCAGUUUCCCUGGAAGUCUUGGAGGCAAAGUGGAGGACUUAGGAUGCUGCCACCCAGAGAGAGAAGCUGAACUAAGCCACCCGAGUUCUGAUCAUGAGGAUAUUGAGGCCAAAGACAAGAAGGGGAUCCCCUUAUCUCCUCAAGAUAGCAAUGCUACAAGAACUCUGGCCAACAGCAUCCCAAUUCCUAAAAUAGAGCGGGCCAACAGCUACUCUGCGGAGGAGUCCAACACGUUAUAUGCACAGCACACACGGAAGAGCCACUCUAUCAGCGACAAACUUGACAGACAGCGAAAUGCAACAGGCCUGCGAAACCCUUUCCAGAGGAGUAAGUCCUCAAGGCCAGAGAGCAGGGGGGACAACCUGUCCAUGAGGAGACUGUCAAGAAUGGGAGCCUUCCGCAGCUUUGAAAGCAAGCACAGCUAGGCCUAGACAAAGCCCACCGGCAGUCCAAGGAUCGCCUGCUCUCCAGUCCAUCUUUCUUAGUGGAACUUAAAAAAAACUCAUGUCACCCUGUGCCAACUCCAGUUGGCAUUAGCCACUGGUCAAGGGAGCACAUUGUUGGUCUCAGCAUCGCCCACUGAGUUACUGCAUCUUGACCCAGUUGACAUUUGCACUUACGGAAGAAGGGAGGGAUUAAAGCUGAACAAAGUUUUCAGUAAACAACAGGAAUAACAAGCCCCUUUAUGAAGUCACAAGAAAUAAAUUAGUAGGUUCAGAAAUUUGCCUUUUAUUAGAAGGCAUCCUAAGAUCUUUGAUCAUUAUUCAAGUUUUUAGGAUGCAGGAAUUAACUGGCAAAAGACAUGUACAAAUUAGAUGUUCUAAACUUCAAUCACAACUUCUUUUUCAUCUGUUUCACCGUUGUGAUGGCUGAUGAAAAGCAUUUAUUUCUGUAGGAACUGGCAGCAAACAAAGCUAAAGUCUCCCAAAUCCUUUGCAUCCCACACUUCUGGAGAUGAAGAAAAAUGAACAAGAUAACAACCAUAACGUUCACUUGUCUCUUUUUGUAUCAACUUCUAGUGCCACAAAAAGUUUGUAUUUUCAAGAGCAGAAAGGGAAAUGAAAUGCCUUUUGUACUGCAACUUAAAUGGAGGAAGGAUUUAUGUUAAAAUAUCAGGUGAUAUCCUGUAUAAAACAGGCAUUCUAGAUUCUAGUGCAGCUGAGCAAGCUCAGGAUGAAUGUAAUUAAGCGGAAUAGUAUAUAUUUAUUUUUUUACCACAUUUGUCAUCAAUAUGUUGUCUCACUAAAUGAAGGGAUGUGGUGGAACAGUAAGAACAGGGUCAUCAGAGCAAAGCACUGUAAUAUUGUCAGGUUCUCACUGCUCCAUUUCAUUAGGUAUAUAACUGGGGAGGUUUGUCCAACAGGCUGCUACCAGGCUCUUCUUGUUCUGUUUGAGCUGCCAAUUUUUCGCAUCAUUCCCUUACAUUAUUCCUAAAAAUACACACCUUUUUUUUCUUUUUCAUGAUAACAUGGCCAUAAUUGAACAUUUCAAUUUAUACAAGUAUACAAGAUUUAUCAAGCAGUGUCAGUCCAGAUUAAUGCAGUUAGACUGAAGUUGCUUAAGAGAAAAUGUUCUUGGAUAACACUAAAAAGUAUAUAUGCUUUUAAGGUAAGUUAAAGGACCAAAGUCAAACUGUAGGUGUCUGUAAACAGCAAAAGCCACCUGUUGAGACUUGGAUUCCACCAUUCAGCAGCAUAUUACACUGCGUACAUUUUAGGAGGCAAAAGUCUAUCUAGGUAUGCCUUUUGGUUGAAGACAUCUGAAUUCCAUUGACCCCAUACACGUUCCAAGGGUCCAUAACGUCAACCAGAAUUUCAAAUUUCUCGUGAGAAGAUACCACAGUGGUCUCAGGUGGAAGGGUAUGCAGAAGAUAGGAAAAGGGUGGAAAAGCAUAAACUGCAACUGGAUCAAAAUUUCACAUCCUUUGUGAAGGCACAACUUCUAAGCUUGUAAAGAGCUGAAGCUAGUGCUAUUAAAAAUUAAAAUAUCUCUACACAGACCAACAUGUGUAUAGCACCAACUCCUUUUUGUUAUUAAAAAUGAACACGUGAUUGGGGUACAUACUUGCCAUUAUUUAAAUGGGAAUUAUCUUCUAAAUCUCUAAGGCAGCUUUGAAAAUGCAGGCUGAUGUUUUCUCACUGGGAGCUCACCCUGGGAGACUUUGAGCACCAUAUGAGAGCUUAGUCUGAAAGGCUACAAACCCAGACAUGAAAAUAAUCAUCAGCCUCAAGAAAAGACGCAAAGAAGCUGAAAAUAUUUAGUUACUGAGUCACUACGUUGGAAAGUUCAGGAAAUAAAGAAAUGCAGCAUGGGGACUUCAAGCACAAUGUGUUUCAUACUUCCUGCACCAACCUAUUCCUUGCUUUCUUCUAUUUGAUCAGGCUUUCAAUGAGCUAAACUCCACCAAGACACCAUGUUUAUGCAAUUGCCUUGCCAUCCAUGUGCAGCGUUACAGUCACAUGACAACACUGAGAAAGGUCAGAAACCUUUCUGUGCAUUAUGAAGCAUGCUUGUGACAGGCUGAUUGUUGAACAAUAGCAAAACGCCCUAGGGCAAAGGAACUUGUGUUUAACAGUCUGCUUCAAAUGUGCCAACUUUUGCUAGCAGCCUUCUCCUAAGGCUUCUCCAAAUAUGUCUAUCCUUGGUGAGUAGAGGGGGAUAUUCUCACUUUGUUUUCUUUGUUACUUUUACGAAUGUCUGCUGAAACUGUUUAUGGACUCUUCCACUGUCACCGUAAUACUGGCCGACUCUAGAGGAACUUCAGAUUCAUUAGAAAUUCCUCAACAGUGCUUAGUGAAUUAGUUCAAGGUUUAGGGCUGUCCUCUGGGGUAGAUUUCAUUGCUUAAUUUGUCAGGGUAAAGGAAUUUGCCAAACCCAGAAGCUGUAUAAAUGUUUAGGAUACAGCACUUUAUUGAUCUGGAGCACACAUUCCAGGUAAAAUGAAACAGGACACUUUAUUUACCUCUUAAAAUUUGCCAUUAUAUAUAAAAUGUAAAUUCAGAUGUUAAAAGUGUGAUUGCAAGAUGUCAGAACACUACUGCUCCUGAGUGUUUCCUGUUUAUUCUACAAUGUGGUGUCUAUAGAAUAUAUUAUGAUGGAUGUUAGAUUAUUUUGUCUUCACCUGGUUUUUACACAUUGCAUCAAACUGGUCCUUUUUGAAUUUCAUGGUAAAACACCCAUUCCUUCAAUGGGACCAGAUUUCCCACUCCCAAUAUUACGACCAUUUAGUAAAGUAGAAGUCUUACCAUCCAUCAUCAUGUAGCUAUAGCAUGUGCCAUAUGACAUAUUCUGUAUCAAAGGAUAGCUUAUGAAAUAUAUAUAUACAUACACACAUAUAUACAUAACUCCCAUAUAUAAACCAGUAUAGUUGUGACAUGUGGUAAUAUUAGUGAACGUUACAGGACAGUUUUAAUAUCACAUUAUGAGGUCUUGUUUGUAAAUCUGUAACAUUCAAUAAAAUAGCACAUGUUGCAUCACGCAUUAAGUUCCACUAUCCAAUUAUUAGCUUACAUAUGGAAUAUGCAUUUCUAGUCACAGUGCGUGUUUGGUUUGUUUCACACAUUUCUCUGUAUAGCUUCACUUAAAUGUCUGUAUGAGCUGAUGUAUAAACCUCUAGUGAGCCACUGUGGGCUGUGACAGGUGAGUUGUGAUAGUGUGAAAGAUGAGCUGGCAUGUUAUGCAAAAGAUUAAAAGAUAAAUGAACUUUAAUAAUAUUUUGAAUCUCAAUUGAACUUAGCUGUUUGUUUACAUAUGUUGGCCAACUGAGAAAGCGGUGUACAAUAUUUUAUAAAUAUUUUCCUAUAGUAAUCUGUUGUUUCCAGUUGAAGUGAUGCUGUUCUGCAGUUGGGGUAUACACUUGUCCUAGGUAUUGGAUUAUAGUGCAUUAUUCUUUCACAAUAACAGUGUGAUAUGACUGAAGUAGUUUCUCUUCCUUACAGUCCAGUCUUCUUUUGUGUCAAAGAAAAUGCAUGCAUUGUUCCAUGAGUUUCUUUGGACUGCUAUGAGACUUAACAUUUUGCUAUUGCCUGCCUGUAAAGAUGAAUCCAGUUAGGAAUGAAUUCAAGCUUUUGGAUGUUUACAUUAUUUCCAUUAUGUUUGAUCUUUAGCAAAGUAAGUAAUGUUUUUAUUACUUUUAAAUUACAAUUGCAUUUUAUGAAAUUGACAUACUCAACACAAAAUGUGAACCUACAGCAGUGCUCAGACAUUUGGCUCUCUUUUUUUGGAAGAGAUAAGGUGCUACAUUAUUGUUCUUAGCACAAGUGCCAGUUAACAAAUGGCAGUGAGGGGAUAAUUUGAAAAUAUAAUUAAAAACCAAAACAUCCAUUCAUCCACAUAAGGAAAUCCCUCUGGGUUCCAGACAUAGGUUGCUUUUCUUUCAUUUUCCAUUUAUAGAUUUUUGGUUAAAAAAAAAAAAAAAAACCACACCCUGAUUUGUACCUUUUGUGGAAUGGAUAGCCUUUUGUCAGGGGAUAAAUAUCUUAGUUAGGUAUAUUUUUUGUAUGAGAGGAAAACGAUUCGUUUCUUAGGAACUGUCAGUGCAUGGAAAAUGCAAAUACACAAAUACCUGCUCAAAAGAAGUGCUGGUAGCAGCACACAGCCUUAGUCCAAUGACUGCAGUUGGAGCAAACAAGUGUCUGUCCUAAGAGAAGAAGUUAUCAAAGGUAUUAGCUUAGAGGGAGCCAGUGAAACAAAAUUUGCGGUAAACUCAUGUGCAAAUUUUCCAGACAAGCAUAAAUGUUUUGUUAUGUUACUCAGGUUAUAUACUUAAGAGGAUGUGAUAAUCACCAGAAGGGAAGAUGUGAGCUGGUCAUUCCUGGAUUUCCCUGGGAAUACUCAAGUAGUUGUGAUGUCUCUCCCCUGCUUAAAAAGUAAUAGUAUAUUUGCAUUUUUGCACAAAUAUGCACAAUUGUUUCAACAAAGCCCACAUUUUCAGUUCUGUAAAAAGAUACCAGCUAUAGAUUUCCUUCUUCAAAAGAAAUGGGAAAGCUUCCUAGCUUGAAUUUUCCCUCAUCCACCUCAAAUAACAGCACAAUUCAGGCUGGAUAGAAAGAAGUAGAAGUGUUGGGGCUGUCUGCUUACCUAACAAAACCCUUCAUUCCUCUAGAUUUUAUUCACUGGCCUUGCCACAUGUUGUCCUAAAAGCAUGAAAGCAUAAUGUUGAAUGUGGAGGGACUGAGUUUCUGCACCCCAGUAAGUUAUCCUGCUUUAUGGGCAAUCACAGGUUGAACACUACAGAUCAGACAGGCUUCUGUUCUUUGAGAUCAACUACAAUUAUGGUCUUACUGAUGCUGGUGCAAAUCCGUAGAAAAUCCACUGAUUUCAAUGGAGUACUCUAACUUUUGUCAGAGGAUGGUUUUAUUCUGUAUUUCUAACUCUAUAUUACUUUGAGUCAUGGCACAGAUUAUCCUAAAUCAUCAUCAAGUGGGAUGUCUAAUGACUGAGCCAUUGAGCCAGACUGGUUGUGAAACAGUCUCUGAUAUUUUAAUUUUUGCUGUAUGCUUUCAGAUCUCUUGUAGAGCCACACAGUACUUAUUUCAAACAGCUAUUAGGAAAAUAUGUUUGAUUAUGAAAUUGCUGCUGUUUCUGCUGCAGGGAAGUGAUAACUCCUGUUUAUUUUAGUAUUUGGUAGGGAGGGAAGGGGACAGAAGUAGGAAUUGGCUGUGAAAUGAAAUUUAAGCCUGCAGAAGAGUAAAUUGUGUUAAAGUUAUAUCCACCACUGCAGUUGUUGUACAUGAGGAGAGUCUAUAUGCUGCUACUGCUGUCUGGAACAGUGUUUGCAAUAUACUAUACUAAUAGCUAUUUAAUCAUUUAUUAUUUGGGCUAUCAUUUGUAAGUGUAUAACAAUCAUUCAUAAAGGGAGAAAAAUUAUUAAAAUGUCAUUUUAAACAAAUUCCUACUAAUAUGAAGCUUUUCAAGUAUGAUUUGUCUAAAUGUAUAUCACUAGGGAAAAUGGUCGUUUCCAAAGGUCUACUGGAUUCACAAUGCACUUUUAGACUGUGUUUAGAUACGUAAUUAAAAGCAGAAGUUGGCAAUUACUGCAGUAGAACUUUCUGAAAUUUCUGUAACAAUUGUUUUGCAAUAAAAAAAAAGAGAUGUAGUUCAAAA